UAACUGCCUCGGGGAGGGGGGCUGGUCUGGCCCCACUCUUGUUAGUUGCCCUGGGGCAAAACCUGGCAGUUCGCUAACAUCCAAGCAUAACUUCCUAUCUUCGUUUGCAGCAGAUUUGUCUCUAUGUCCGUUGGGACGUUGAAGACACCCUCACCUCUUCUUUAAUAGAACAGUGCCUUUAAAUAAAGAGCUCUUGCCCUAAACCUUCCACAGGUACUAUAUUAUCUCUUUGUUCCGUUUAUUUGCUGGAAAAGUGCCCACUGACCAGUCCACCGUGUCCAGUCUUCUUAGGUAGCCUGUCAGCCUGUGGAGACCAAGCUGGGAGCACCGGGAGCUUAGGUGCUCAGCAAACACCCUAGACCACAGGUGUAUUCUUAGGAAGGAAAUGACAUCUCUUUGUGACCUCACGCUGUGGAGUCCCCGGCUCUGAUCUUGUAUCUGGUUGAAUGUAAGUGACCUGGUCCAUGAGCAGUGAAGGAAUUCAAAGGCAUGGCUCUGAGGAACAAGAUAACUCAUGUGAGAUAAAAAAGAAGAGGCCUCAGGACUAGGGGUGCAUUCUCAGCGUACAGACAUUUGACCAGAGGCCUCUCUCCAGAGCAUCAGAACAGAGCAGAUUUUCCAAGCAGCUGAAAAUGAUCAAGUCACAGAUCUCAUUUGAGGAUGUGGCUGUGGACUUCACGUGGGAGGAGUGGCGGCUACUUAAUCCUACGCAGAAGAACUUGUACAGAGACGUGAUGCUGGAGAACUAUAGCAACCUAGUGUUCUUGGGUUAUCAAAUUAUCAAGCCUCAUGGGAUUUUCAAGCUGGAGCAGGAAGAGCCAUGGCUAAUAGAUGAAGUUCUAAGUCAGAACUUUUCAGAAGAAGUCUGGCUAGAUAACAAUCUCAAAAUGUGGCACCAGGAUAAUCAAGACGAGCUUAGAAGUAUGGAGAGAGGCGAUGAAUGUGAUGUUUUUAGGAAAAUAUUUCAUUCAAGCAUUAACUUUGUUCAUUUAGCAAUGAGACCCCAUAAAUGUGGCACAGGUGAAAAACAUUUGAAACAUCGUUUUGAGUUUCUUAUUUCAAAAAAUAACCUUGGAAGAAAGAAACUUGAUGAGCUCAGUAAGAAAUUUUUAUUCUACAUCAAACCUGAUAGAACCCGUGGUGGAAUAAAAUACUGUGAUUGCAAUACAUGUAGAAAGGCCAGCAGUAGAGAGUCGUGGCUCAUUGCAGACCAUAUUACACAUACUGGAGUCUAUUUAUGCAUGGAGUGUGGCAGAGUUUUUAAUAAGAAGUCACAGCUUAUUAUACAUCAGAGGACUCAUACAGGAGAGAAGCCCUAUGGAUGCAGUGAAUGUGGAAAAGCCUUCUCACAGAAGUCAUUGCUCACUAUUCAUCAAAGGACUCAUUCAGGAGAAAAACCAUAUGGGUGUGGUGAGUGUCAGAAGGCUUUCAGUAGGAAGUCAUUACUCAUUUUACAUCAGAGAACUCAUACGGGAGAGAAGCCCUACGGAUGCAGCGAAUGUGGAAAAGCUUUCAGCAGGAAGUCACAGCUUAAAAGACAUCAGAGGACGCAUACUGUCGAGAAACCGUAUGGCUGCAGUGACUGUGGGAAAGCUUUCUCCCAGAAAUUGAAGCUCAUUACACAUCAGAGAACACAUACAGGAGAGAAACCCUAUAAAUGUGGUGAUUGUGGGAAAGCCUUCUUUUGGAAGUCCCAGCUCAUCACUCAUCAGAGGACUCAUACGGGGAAGAAACCGUAUGCAUGUAAUGAGUGUACCAAAGCCUUCAGCAGGAACUCACUCCUCAUUAGGCAUCAGAGGAUCCACACAGGAGAGAAACCCUACGAAUGCAGGGAGUGUGGCGAAGCCUUUGUCCGAAAACCACAGCUCGUGAAGCAUCAAGUAACUCAUACAGGAGAGAAGAACUAUCGGUGCAGUGACUGUGAAGAAGCAUUCUUUAAGAAGUCAGAGCUAAUCAGACAUCAAAAAACCCAUUUAGAGAAACCCUAUGGAUGUGUUGAAUGUGGAAAAACCUUCUUUGGGAAGUCACAGCUCCUGACGCAUCAGAGAACUCACACUGGAGAGAAGCCUUAUGAGUGCAGUGAGUGUGGGAGAGCCUUCACCCAGAAGUCAAGCCUGAUAUCACAUCAGAGGACGCACACAGGAGAGAAGCCCUAUGAGUGCAGGGACUGUGGGAAAACCUUCAGCGAGAAGUCAAGCCUCGUUCAUCAUCAGAGAACCCAUACUGGAGAAAAACCCUUUGAAUGUAGCGAGUGCAGGAAAGCUUUUGCCUGGAAGCCACAGCUUCUAAGGCACCAGAGAAUUCAUACAGGGGAGAAACCUUACGAGUGCAGUGAAUGUGGGAAAGCCUUUGUUCAGAAAGUGCAGCUCAUUAAGCAUCAAAGAAAUCACACAGGAGAGAAAACCUAUGGGUGCAGCGAGUGUGCGAAAGCUUUCUUUGAGAAGGCACAGCUCAUUAUACAUCAGAGAAUUCACACAGGAGAAAGACCCUAUAAAUGUAGUGAAUGUGGGAAGUCUUUCACUAGAAAGUCACACCUUAUGAGGCAUCAGAGAAUUCACACAGGAGACAAAUACUAUGGAUGCAGUGAGUGUGGGACUGCCUUCAGCAGGAAGUCACAGCUCAUGGCUCAUCAGAGGACUCAUGUAGUCUAGAAACCGCACGAGUGCCGUGAAUAUGGGAAAUCUGUCAGACUGAUAGGAGAAAUGCUGUCAGUGCACUGAGAAUGCAGGUCCCACCCAGCGGAGUUCAGAAAGGAGGGAGGUACUUUUACGUAGACAGCGUAAGAGCCUUCUCCUGAAACACACAGCUUGUUACACGUUAAUGACUUGUUGGUGUGGAAGUCUUAUCAGUAUCCUAGAAGUGCAGAACCUGGUAGUCAGGAGUGGCAGCUUCUCGUCAGAGGACCUAGACAUGAGGAGAAACUCAAUCGUUGUAAAAAUUGAGUGGGGGGUUUCGUCAAGAAAGGAUAAUUCGUGGUACACUAGAGAAGACAUAUGCAAAGGAAAUACUGAGCAUCUUGAAUUAGAGAUUUCAGUAUGAAGGAGAAGUCCUAAUAGUUUUGAAGAAUUCUGGUAAGCAUGAUUCUGUCGAAAUAAUCCUAUAGAGUUGUGUUGUAUAUAAGUUACAAACGUAGUUAAUUUUAAGUGGUAGCUGUGUUUUAAGUGUGAAGAUAUGCUUUCUGCUGUGGUGAUGCGGCAAGGGCCAGAUUAAUCCCCUGCCUUGAACAGCUAGAAACUGUCAAAUGUAUAUGAAAUAACAGUUUCGAGACCUAUGACAGGCGGAAGUGUGUGAUCCCUGGCAGAAGGUGUAGAGAGUGAGGUGAGCCCAUAAGAGCCCAGCCCGGUGCCUGGUGGCAGUUCCCAGGCUGCAGAUCAAGGAAAGGAACAAAUGUGGUCUUGCUGGAUCAAAGAGAAUUGCUGAAUUGGCGUUUGGGGAGGCCAGAGUAGCUAGAGUUUGCAGGGAGUUGUACUGGAGAGGAGGGAGCUUCCCAGAGAGAGGGCUGCAGAAAUCUACAAGGAGUCCACUUAGUCUUUUGGCUUAGUACUGAUUUGCACAUGUGUGACCAGAAAUUUCCUGAGUCCAGGAAAAGUGCUGGAAAGCAGUCCGCCAAACAGUUCCCAGAAAUCAAUGUAGGGCUGGGAAUAAAAUUCCCACCACCUGAAAUGGCAAGGACUUUUAACGCAUGGGGCAUCAGGUAGGAUUCCCAGCAGAGUAUUAUCUUAGUAGUGAAGUAAUUAAUCCUAGAUCGAAAGCUAGUCUGGACCCACAAUGUCUGGCAUCCAAAAACAUAGCUGGCAUACACAGAACCCAUGAGAAUAUGACUUGUAACCAGGAGAAAAAUCAGUCACUAGAAAGAUACAGAAAAAAUGGAAGCAGUUGGCAUUAAAUAAGGAUAUUCAAAUAGCUUUUAUAGAUAUAUGGGAAAACAGGAAUGUGACAGAUGAAUUGGAAGAUGUAUUUUUAAAAGCCUGAGUGGAACUUCUCAGGAUGAAAACAACAAUAUCUGAAAAUUAAAACAAAACAACAACAACAAAAAAAAAACAACUUUGGAUGGAAUUAAGAGCAGAUUAGACAUAGAAGAUCAAUGAACUUGAGUGAAAAUAAAAACUGUCCAACUGAUGGACACAGAAAAAAAAAGACUCCAAGAAAAGACAAUAGGGAGUUGGUUACAGCGAGGCACGUGUAUUCGCAUGGAGUCCUAGAAGGACAGGGCACAGAAGAGGCCUAAGAAAGUAUUUGAGUAAAUAACAGAUGAAAUUUUUACACAUAUGAUGAAAAAUGUAACUCCACAUAUUCAAGAAGUUCAAAGAACCUCAAGAUCAUGAAGAAAAUCCUGCUGAUGGACAUCAUAGUCAAACGGAUAAAACCCAAUGAUAAAGAGAACAGUUGUAAAGCACCUGGAGAAAGACAGAAUACUUGCACAGAACAGAGGACCGCACACACUUGUGGUCAGAAACUACUCGAGCUGGAACACAACGGAGUGAGGGACAACUUUACAUAAAACCCCCACCACCUGCCGUUUGUCUAUUUCCCAUCAAAAACAUCUUUCAAAAAUGAUAGCACAAAAAAAAAGUUUCUCAGAGAAACAAAAUGAAAGAGACUUUAUCUAUAGACCUUAUUUCAGGAAACACUAAAGCAAGUUUUGGUGCAGCAAGAAAAUCCUAGGUGGAAAUGAGGAUCUACAGGAAGAAAAGAGGAGCUGUGGAAGUGGUGAAUAUGUGGGUAAAUAUAAAAGAUCUCUUUCCUCAUUUAAGAGUCUUUUAAAAUGGUAAUUGACUGCUUAAAGCCAAAUAAUGUAUUGUGGGUUAUGAUGUCUUUAGAAGUAAAGCGUAUCUCAACGACAA